AAUAUGUCAUCCAAUGAAGAUAAUGAUGAUAAUGAUUUAGUCAAGAUAUUAUUAUUAGAAAGUAUAAUAUCAUUCAAAUAUGAAGAUGAAGAUCAGUUUGAAAAUACUUCUAAUAUAAAUGAUAUUGAAUUAAUUAUUAAUAAUUCAGAAGUAUCUAUUAAAAAUCAAACAAGUAUAUUGGAAAAAAAAUAUGAAACUGAAGAUGAUUUUAUGGAAUACAAUAUUGAAAAUUAUAAUAAUACAUUACAUUUUAACAGACAAAUAGUCUCUUCUUUAUUGGAUUUAAAGAGACAUGUAACCUUUGCACUUCAAAAAUGUGAACGAAAAUUAAAAGCAAUAGAAAAAAAUUUACAAAAACAUGCACUUGGAGAUACAAAAAUUUUAAUUUGCAAUGCCGGUAUGCCAUAUUUUAAGGAUAAAUAUUAUUUUUUUGCUCCUAAUAAUGAAGAUGAAAUAUUAAAAGAAAAUAGUAAAGAAUUACAAUUAAGAAAUCUCCCUAAAGUUUCUUCAUGGACAAAAAAAGAAAGGGAUAUGCUUUUAAAAGCAAUACAAAAGGAAGCCAUUUCAGAUGUAUUAUGUAUUCAAAAAAUAGAAUGUUCAAAACUUAAUAAUAAAAUGUUUAAAUUAAAAACUAAAAAUGAUGAUAAGAAAGAAAUGAAAACAGAAUUUCUACCUAAAAAUUUUUUAGAAAUGAUUAAAUCAAAAAGAUUACAGGAAAAAGAAUUUGAUUGGUUUAAAAUAUCAUCUACUUAUUUUGAAGAUAUUCAUUCUCCGCUUGAUUGUUCUGUUAUGUGGAAUGUUUUUCUUCAACCUGAUAUUAAUAAAAGUCAUUGGACAAAAUCAGAAGAUAUUAAACUUAGAAAAAUUGUGAAAAAUUAUAAAUUUCAAAACUGGGACAAAAUUGCCAAAGAAUUAAAUACAAAUCGUACUGCAUAUCAAUGUUUUAUUAGAUAUAAUACAACAAAAAAAUUACCCAAAAUUAGAAAUUGUACUUGGGAAAAUGAAGAAGAUGAAAGACUUCUGAAAUUAAUAGAAAUAUUUAAAGUUGGUGAUUUUAUCCCUUGGGGUGAUGUAGCUAGUUGGAUGCAAAAUAGAACUAAACAACAAGCAUAUUUUCGAUGGACAUACAGUUUAACACCAUAUUUAAUAAAAGGUAGAUUUACUAAAAUUGAAGAUAAUAUUCUGAAAGAUGCUGUCAUCAAAUAUGGUACAAAUUUUCGUAAAAUAUCAGCUGCAUUAAUGCCUAAUAGAUCCACUGUUCAACUUCAUGAUCGUUAUCAAACAUUAACUAUCAAUCAAAUUGAAAAUUGGAACUUAUGGACAUUUGAAGAAGACACAAAAUUACUCAAUCUUUUUGAGAAUAUUGGUCCAAAUUGGUCUAUGAUAGCUAAACAAUUUUCAUGUAAAAAUAGAACUCAAUUAAGACAUAGAUAUAAAGCUUUACAAAAAUAUAUUAAAAGAGGUGUCUCUUUAUUUGAAUUACAUAAACAUCAUUUUUAUGAAGAAAAUGAAAAAGAAAAAGAACAAAAAAAAGAAGAGUCUUUUAAAGAUAUCUUUAAAUCUAAUAAUGAUAUUGAUAGUAACGAUUAUGAUAAUGAUUUGGAUAAAAAAUUAAUUGAAUAUUUUCAUACAAGGCAUAAAAUAGAAAAAUUGAUACAUAAAUGCAAAUUUCAUAAUAUGGAAAAAUUGCAAUAUAAUACAACAAAUUUAUAUAAUAUUUUACAACUAUUAAAUGCCAAACUUUAUAUCCCAAAUGAUAUCAGUAACAUAAAAUUAAAUGAUACGAAUCAAGAGCUAUUAUAUUCAUUAAGGGAUUUUAUAAAAUUAAAAAAUGAUAAAAAAAAGUAUUUUGAGACAAUAAACAAAUAUAUAUCACGCAUGUUUGGUAUAAAUGAAACUAAAGAUUCACAUUUUGUACCUCCACCUCCUUUUGAUUCACAGAUAAAAUUAAAAAAAUCAAAAAAAAGUCAAUGUAUUGAUUAUAAUUUAAAUGCGAAAAAUAAUUUUUUGCUUGAAAAACCUACAAGUUUUAAUACUCCAGAUAUUGUAAUUUCCUAUAUUGGUGGCAAUGAAGAGGAAUUACAAUUUCAAAAACUUAGUCGUUUAUUUGAAAUUAAUAAUUCAAGAUAUGAACAAAUAUUUAAAACUCAAAACUGUAAAUUACCAGCAAAAAUGCUAUUACAAGGACAUAAUAAUGACACUGAUAAAAAGAAUUCAACAACAACAAAUGACAGAUUAUUAGAAAAAAUGGAAUCAAUUACUCUUUUUGACAUUGGUACAUCUCUUGAAAAUAAUAAUGUAAAAUCUCAACAUAUAAAGUUGCAAAACAAAUGUUAUAAAAAAAUAUGUAUACAGACCAUUCAACAAGAUGAUAUAUUAUUUAAUAAUUUUAAAGAAAAACAUUUUUCUGGUAUUGAAACAAUUGAAAAACAUGAUAUACCUAUGAUAUAUGCUAGUCAUGCAACUUUAUCAAGUUUCAAAAAUUUAAUGUAUUUGAAACGAUUGAAUGAAAAAUAUAAUCCUGGUAGAUUUUUUAUACAAUCACAUAAAUUUUAUAAAGUAUUUACUUUAUUAGAAACACGAUUAGAACAAUUAUUUAAAUAUCCUAUAGGUUUAUCAAAAAUUGUUUUGCCUGAAGUUUAUGUAAUGGAUACGUUCUUAUAUAAUGAUAUUACACCAAAAAGAAAAAUUUCUAAAAUAUCAUGUACAUUAGAUAAACAUAAAACAAAAAAAUUAAGAAUGUUAAGUGAAAAUACAACCAAAUUUGAUUAUAUUUAUACACAAGUAUGUCUUUUCAAAUGUAGUUGA